CAACAAUGUUUAUGAAAACAAACUGAUCGUCUUACUCUGAGCUUGAAAUUCAUUUCAGUUUUAAUUUACAGGAACAUUCCAAAGAAAAAUCAUGGGACAUUGUUGUAGUAUAAAUAGCCAUCCACACAAGGAAGAUACAUGUACAUUAUGUUCAAAAGACAAGAGGAAAAUUGUAAGGAAAUCAGGGGUUACCUACAUUCCUAUCAAACGUAACAUUAUUCCAGGAACACACAAAGGAUGUAGACAAAUUAACCGAGAUGAUCUAAACAGACAAACGGAAAGAUUCAUUAAAGAAAGAAAUCUCUACGUCUCGAAAUAUACCAAAAAUGAGAACAGCCAUACAAAAGGGCAUGAUGCUGGGACCAAUACAUACCUUUGGAAUGCAGCGUUUGGUUAUUCACCUUGUCAACAGAGUUGGAAAGACAAACUGAAUGAAACUAUGGAACGGUAUGAACGUUCCCGAGAACGACUUCAGAAACAGACUGAUGAAAUGAAGAAAUUGGUAUCUGAGAAUAACUCAAAGAAUCAUCGAAGGAUGAAAAUGAUGAUUGAUUAUCAGGAGGACAGAGUAAAAUCUCUUGAAGCAAAACGUAAACAAAUAAAAUGGUGGCCGGAGUUUUGAAUAAUUCAACUUGAUUAAUAAGAUAUUAAAAUUGUUAGUGUUGUAUUUUAUUUUAGUAAGGGAUUCACAAUUGAAUAAACGACAACUUGGCCUAACCUGGUAUGUACCCCGGUAUGUACUUACUGUAUCAUUA